AUGACGACCACUUCUGACGUGACAACUUCUACAGUCACUCUUUUCUCUUUAACCAGCGUUAACUUCAAGGGCUGGUAUAGCGAGUCAAAUGGUGGAAUAACCGCAUCGUUCUGCCCCCCGAAUCUCGAAACCCUCGUCGCAGGUGGCCCAGACGACGCAUUCGUCGAUUGUUGCGCCACCUCCGGCUGUUCAUUUCCAGCCUCUUGUACGCAAUGUGGUGUACCAACAGCCUGUUUCGAAGGCAGUAUUCAGGUUUUCAAUGCUAAGACGACCGACACAUACGGGAAUACUGGCUACUAUACAUACAACUGCUGGGAGGGCAUUACCAUGACCUGCGACUCGGUGACUAUAUUCGAGCAACAUGCGCAAUCAACAGAUGGGUGGUCCAAGACUGCCCAGUACCGCAACCUCGACCUCGACUUCGACGACCCCUAUCCAGACGAGCUCUACGGCUACCCUUCCAACCAACACAAGUACGAGUACAAGCGGAUCAGGUGGAUCUUCUAG